AUGGGUUCUUUUGGAAAAACUCAGAACAAACCACAUGUUGUGUGUGUUCCAUAUCCAGCACAAGGUCACAUAAACCCAAUGCUUAAACUAGCUAAACUUCUUCAUUUCAAAGGUGAUUUUCAUGUCACCUUUGUUAACACUGAAUACAAUCACAAACGUCUUCUCAAUUCCAGAGGUUCCGAUUCUCUAAACGGUCUUUCCUCUUUCCGAUUUGAAACCAUUCCUGAUGGUCUACCUGAGUCCGAUGUGGAUGUCACACAGGAUGUACCUUCGUUGUGUGACUCAACUAGGAAAACAUGCCUCCCUCACCUCAAAAAACUUAUAUCUAACCUCAAUAAGGCUGUAGACAUCCCUCCUGUUACUUGCAUAGUUGCUGAUGGUAUUAUGAGUUUUGCUUUAGAUGCCGCUGAAGAACUGAGUGUCCCUGCUGUGCUUUUUUGGACAAAUAGUGCUUGUGGCUUCAUGUGUUACCUUCAAUAUCGUAUGUUAAUUGAAAAGGGCUUUACACCACUUAAAGAUUCAAGUUAUAUUACAAGUGGUUAUUUGGAUACUACAAUCGAUUGGGUGCCAGGCAUUAAAGAAAUACGACUAAAGGACAUUCCGAGUUUCAUAAGAACUACAGACCCAAAUGAUGUUAUGGUUGAUUUUGUAUUAUGGGAAUGUGAAAGAGCUCUAAAAGCUUCAGCAAUCAUUUUAAACACGUUUGAUGCCUUAGAACACGACGUUUUAGAAGCAUUCUCAUCCAUUAAUAAUUUACCUCCGGUCUAUUCCAUUGGUCCGUUAAAUUUUCUUUUUAAAGAUGUCACUGAUAAGGAAUUGAACUCAAUUGGUUCGAAUCUUUGGAAAGAAGAACGAGAGUGUUUAGAAUGGCUAGAAAGCAAAGAACCAAACACUGUUGUUUACGUCAAUUUUGGAAGUGUCACUGUGAUGACAAAUGACCAAUUAAUUGAGUUUGCUUGGGGACUUGCUAAUAGCGAGAAAACAUUUCUAUGGGUUAUAAGACCAGAUCUUGUUGCUGGUGAAAACUCAGUUCUUCCUCGAGAGUUUCUGGAAGAGACAAAGAAUAGAGGAAUGUUAUCAAGUUGGUGUCCACAAGAAGAAGUUUUGGAUCAUUCAGCAAUUGGAGGUUUUUUGACACAUAGUGGUUGGAAUUCAACGUUGGAAAGUGUGUGUGGUGGUGUUCCAAUGAUAUGUUGGCCUUUCUUUGCCGAACAACAAACUAAUUGCCGAUUUAGUUGUCAUGAAUGGGGGAUCGGUUUGGAGAUUGAAGAUGCUAAGAGGGAUAAGAUUGAGAAACUUGUUAGAGAAUUGAUGGACGGGAAAAAGGGUGAAGAUAUGAAAGAGAAAGCAUUGAGGUGGAAAGAAUUGGCAAUAGAUGCUGCUUCAGGACCAUUUGGUUCUUCAUUUCUGAAUUUCCAGAAGAUAUUUAGUGACGUGCUACUAUUUUAA